UCGCAGAAUUAAGUUUUGCCGCCAAAAUCCAUAUGCUGGAAGUAUCCAAGAUGGCACCUCCAGAGGAGCAAUCCAGCACGGGAAGAAGAUCAAGAAGAAAUAAAAAAGAGUCUUCCGGAUUUAGAAAGGCACUAGAUCAAAUCAAAAAAUAUAAUGAGACUGGUGAGAGGAGUUCUUAUGAGGUAGGUGAAAAAGAUAGCUUGUAUGAAGAGGUGGAUGAAAAAGAAUAUGCCAAUAUUGUGAGACAGAGGCAAGAAGAAAACUGGAUCGUUGAUGAUGAUGGCUCUGGUUAUUAUGAUGAUGGAAGAGAAGUAUUUGAUGAGGACCCAAAUGAAGAGCCUGAAGAAGAAUCAAAGAAAAAGAAAGGAGACAGAAAGGAGAAUGCUAAGUCGAAGGUUAACUCAAACAAGAUCACAGCCUUGUUUCGGGCAAAAAGCAAAGUGAAGAAAGAGGAAGAUGUCUCAGUGAACAAUGAUAAUGUGCUAGAUGAUAUUCUACAGAACAUUACAACAUCAAAACCCCAUGACAAGUCACUAGAAAGCAAGAAACCUUUCCAGAAAACCCCAAAACGUACAGUGUUUGAGAAGAGACCAGUGCCAAGAAGGCUGCAGGAGGAAGGGGCAAGCAACAGUCAAACAAGACCAGUAACAAGAUUUAGAGUUCCCAAAGAAGCAAUGCCAAAGAAGCAUUUGUCUCCAUUGAAGAAAAUAAAGCAAGAAAUUGUUGAUGAUGAAAAUGGAGAAGCAGAUAUUGAUUUGAUGCCUACAGAAGAAGACCAGGAAAUGGAGUCUUUGGAUAACCAAGCUGUUAAAAAAGAAAUCAAGCAAGAACUGGAAGAAGAUUUUGAUUUGGCAAACGAUUUGGACAUUCAAGAUGACAUUGACAUCGAUCAGAUUGCAGAGCCCAAAAAGACUGAGGCUGCUCGACGGGAAGAGAUAGAAGAUGAAAGCGAUAUCUCAGGCAUUCGAAUGACCUGGGAGCAGGUGAUGGAAGAGAACAAAAUGGAAAAAGGAGAUGAGGCAUUCACGAACAUAACUGUCGACUCUUCUCAACUUCCUUUAACGGAUGUGGACGGAGAAAAAGUUCUCAAGUUUUUCAUGCUGGAUGCAUACGAAGACAGUUAUCAUCAACCAGGAACGGUCUAUUUGUUUGGAAAAGUUUUUGUUGAUUCUGCGGCAUCCCAUGUCAGCUGCUGUGUUACUGUUAAGAAUAUUGAAAGAAGACUGUUUGUACUCCCAAGAAAAUAUAAACUGGACCAAAGUGGCAAAGAAACAAGUCAAGAGGUGACCAUGAAAGAUGUAUACGAGGAAUUCAACAAUAUUGCUACAAAGAUGAAAAUAAUGAAUUUCAAAUGCAAGGCAACGAAAAUGAAAUAUGCUUUCGAGCUUCCAGAUGUUCCAUCGGAAUCUGAUUACCUAGAAGUUCUGUAUCCAGCAGAUCAGCCGCAGAUUCCUAAAGAUAAAUCUGGUAGCACUUUCAGCCACAUCUUUGGAACUAACACCUCAAGCUUAGAGCAUUUAGUAAUUGGAAGAAAACUGAAAGGACCCUCUUGGCUUGAUAUCAAAUACCCACAGGUUCCAAAGCAACCAGUUAGUUGGUGUAAAAUUGAGGCAUUGGUCAGCAAGCCUGACUUCAUUACCACUUCUGCUGAGCAAUCUGCUGCUCCUAAACUGACUGUACUGAGCCUUGCAACGCGGACAGUGAGAAACUCGAAGUCCCAUGUUCAUGAGAUUUUGGCCCUAUCCGGUGUUAUCAACAACCAUUUCUACUUGGACAAGGCUGCCCCUGGAAACAAGUUUGAUCAAUGCUUUUGUUUGGUUACGAAGCCAACAGAAUUCGUCCUUCCAUACGACUUCCAAAGUGUAAUCCAACGAGAGCAACGCAAGAUACAAACCUGUACCUCUGAGCGGUCACUGCUUGCCCUCUUUUUGGCCAGAAUUCAAGCAAUUGAUCCUGACAUCAUUGUGGGAAAUGAUAUAAUUGGCUUUGAUUUCGAUGUUAUCCUUCAUCGAAUUGCUGCCAACAAAGUGCCUCAUUGGUCAAAGUUGGGGCGACUGAAAAGACAAAAUCUGCCAAAGCUUUCGGGCCACCAAGGCCAUAAAGGAUUCCAAACUGGGGACAAAAACACUGCUUGUGGGAGGUUGAUUUGUGAUACCAAGAUCAGUGCCAAAGAACUGAUUCGAUGCAAAAGUUAUGACCUCACAGAGCUUUCCUACGUUGUUCUGAAUAAGACAAUACGAAUGAAAGUUGACGUUGACGAGGUUCCAAGCCACAUGAGAAAUUCUAGAGACCUGCUAAAGAUUCUCGACUUAACAACGAUGGACUCCUUGUACAACCUCCGCAUUGUUUUUGAGUUGAAUGCACUCCCACUAGCUUACCAAAUCACUGGCGUCUGUGGCAAUAUUAUGUCACGAACCUUGCAAGGUGGAAGAUCUGAACGAAAUGAAUUUCUCCUUCUUCAUGCAUUCGCAAAAGAAAACUACAUCUGUCCCGACAAAAGCUAUUCGAAGAAACCCGAGGCCCACUUCAACGAGCAUGGAGAACUGGUAGAAGAUUCGAAGAAGGCGAAGGGUAGAAAAAAGCCUCAGUAUGCUGGUGGUUUGGUUUUGGAACCUAAAAGAGGUUUCUACGACAAAUUCAUUCUGUUACUCGACUUCAACAGUCUUUACCCCUCCAUAAUCCAAGAGUACAAUAUCUGCUUCACCACUGUGACUAGAGAUUCCAAUCAGAAUGGUGAUGACGUCAUCCCAGAGGUGCCUGACUCUAGCUUGCCACCUGGUAUAUUGCCAACUGAAAUCAGAAAGCUUGUUGAAAGGAGAAAGCAAGUGAAAAGUAUGAUGAAGACUGUCAGCCGAGAUUCCGAUGCCUACUUGCAGUUUGAUAUACGCCAAAAGGCUUUGAAGCUAACUGCAAACAGUAUGUAUGGUUGUCUUGGCUUCACCCAUUCUAGAUUUCUUGCUAAACCACUUGCUGCCAUGGUUACACUGAAAGGAAGAGAGAUCCUCAUGAAAACGAAAGACUUGGUACAAGCUUUGAAUUUUGACGUCAUUUAUGGUGACACUGACUCGAUCAUGAUCAACACAAAUUCUAUUGAUUUUGACGAGGUUUACAAAAUUGGAAAUAAGAUCAAAAAUGAAGUCAACAAGCUUUAUAAGCUAUUGGAAAUUGAUAUUGAUGGCAUUUACAAAUCAAUGUUGUUACUCAAGAAAAAGAAGUAUGCAGCACUCGCAGUUCAAAAACUUGAAAACGGUCAUGUUAUUGAAAGCAAAGAGUUAAAGGGGCUUGACGUUGUGCGAAGAGAUUGGUGCGAUUUAGCCAAAAAUCUGGGAGAAUUUGCAAUAAACCAAAUUUUGUCUGGUCAAUCUUGCGAUACUGUCAUUGACAACAUCCACGAACGCUUGGUGCAAGUGAAAGAGCAAAUGGCCGAUAAUAAAGUACCGGCAAGAUUGUUUGAGAUAUCGAAGGCCCUUGCAAAGGCCCCGGAUGAGUACUCAGACACGAAGUCAUUGCCCCACGUAACUGUUGCGCAAAGGCUCAUGAGUCAAGGCAAGAGGGUGGCAGUUGGAGAUACUAUACGCUACAUCAUCUGUGACGAUGGAUCUAGUCUUCCAGCAAGUCAACGUGCUUAUCAUCCAGAUGAAUAUUCCAAAAAUAAAAAUCUCAGGAUUGAUCAUCAUUAUUAUUUGGCCAACCAAAUACACCCUGUUGUAUCUCGAUUGUGUGAUCCAAUUGAAGGAACAAACGCAGCCCUCAUUGCAGAAUGUCUUGGGCUGGAUGCUUCAAAUUACAGUGCUGGGCCCUCUCAUGCCACAAAUGAAGAUGAUAGUCAUGCGAGCAAAGCUCUGAUGCCAGAAGAAGAACGAUUCAAGGAUGUUGUGAAAUUUGAGAUUCAGUGCCAGAAUGCUUCUUGUAAAUUGUACAAACAGAGCGUCGUUUUUGAAGGAGCACUCUCCAAAGAGAAGAAUCCAUGGCAAUGCACUGAAUGCAGGAAUGAAUACAGCCAAAUUUAUCUGAUGAAUAAACUCACAAUGUUUAUAAGGCAGCACAUCAAUCAAUAUUACAAGGGUCACAUGUUUUGUGAUGACUACAUGUGUGGAACCAAAACGAGACUCGUUCGUCUGAAGGCAGAAUUUGACGGCCAAGUUUGUGCAAGUUGUGAAACUGGACAUCUAAGACAGAUUUAUUCAGAAGCCAAAUUGUACAAUCAACUAUACUAUUUGCGUCGAGUAUUUUGUGGCAAAGCCGAUGGCUCUACGAAGGUUCCUAAUAAAGCUCCUUUUGAGAAAAAGCUGAAUAGCUUGAUGCAACUGAAUGGCUUUUCUAUCGUCAACAUGAGUGACUUGUUUGGGUUCAUGAGUAAAAUAAAGUCCUAAAUAUCUUCCUCCUUAAUUCGUUGUAAGACUGGUUAUUGUUGAGCCAGUUUGAAAAUUUUGUAAUGCAAAAUAGCCAAUUUCUUCUCAAAUGUAAAAAAGGCUUUGAAAAUAGUUUGCAAAGUAACGAAGUAAGAUAUUCAUCUCCUAAUUGUCAUUUAAUGUUGUAUUUAGAAAUACGCAUCCACCUCUAUUGGUUUUCAGUAUGUCCCUGAUAAUGCAAAUGUAUUUGGGGAAAAAUAUUUGCCCUUCUUGUGAAGUGAAUAUUUCUAAAUUGUUUUGGGAUUCUACAAAGUAUCUGCCAGAGUUUUGGAAAGACUUGCAUGCCCAUCCGCUGGACUUUUAUGCAAAGAGCCCGAGCUUCAUUUUUGAAUAUUUUUUAUUCGUUAUUUGCUCUUAUUAUCUCGAUGACAUUUUUUGCCAUUUUUGUUAACAUUGUUAGGUUUUUGUACUGUACUUUUAACGUGCUUAUAAAUAAUGAUUGUUAAAAACAUGUUGUCAAUGUUGAAAAAGUCAAAAAUUUAUAGAAUAUAUUUCUUUUGAACAUA